GAUCCCAGUCCACGAAUGUCAUGGAAUUUAUUAAUUUUCCACUUAAAUCCCAUGUACACAAGUGUCAUGGAAUUGUAAAAAAUCCCCCAAAUCCCAACUCCAUGAAUGUCAUGGAAUUUUGAAAUUUGGUCGUGUGUCCCAGAUACACGAAUGUCAUGGACACACGACAAAAUCCGUUGAAUCCCAGAUACACAAAUACGUGUAUUUUCAAAAAAAAAUAUUUUGCGACUACGAAAAGUGAUUUUGCAGGUCAAUUUUGCCAAUUCCAAGAUGUCAGACGGUAAUUUUGAACAAAUUCAUAUAUAUUUAAAUAUCAUAUAUGUAUGUGCAUAUACAUAUAUUGUAUACGGUGCAGAAAGCGAUUCAGAAGAGCAUUUUCAUGAUUCGGGGUCUGAGGAGGAGGAUAGCGACAGUGCAACAGAAAGCGAUUCCGAGGACGAUUCAGAUUCGUUGGAUGGCACUGCGAAUCGCGACCCCACCUUCAGGGAAAAUGAGCUGUUCGCCCCUGUCGUUGAAGAUUUUGACGAGUCCGAAGACAAAAUCCGCCCGGAAUUUGGCGUUUCAAGAAGGACGUCCCCUCUACAAAUGCUGCAGAAAUUCCUCACUGACGGAAUUAUUGGGGAUGUGGUGCGAGAGACGAACCGGUACGGAGAACAGGAUUGGACAAGGCACCCUGCUUCAUACACGGAUUGGAAACCGGUCGAUUUGGCGCAGAUUUGGCAAUUCUUAGCGAUUACUUUCAUGAUGGGGCUGGUGAAGAAGCCGUCCAUUCGAGAAUAUUGGAGUACCGAUGAGUUGAUUCAAACUCCGUUCUUUGCAACCGUUGUCUCGAAAUCGAUUUCAAGGCAUCCUGAGAGCUUUACAUUUUUCAAACAAUGAGAAUUACACAGGAAGAGAUCGUUUUUGCAAAUUGGGCAGCUUCAUGCACGAUAUUUUGGGCAAUUUCUCCAGUGCAAUAUUACCAGGCAAAAAUAUUUGCAUUGAUGAGACUCUUCUUGCCUACAAAGGACGAUUGUCAUUCCGCCAGUAUAA